AUUUGAAUUUUUAUUGAUUUAUUAGUUAUAAUAAUUAUAGUAUUAAUUAGUGUAGCUUUUUUAACAUUAUUGGAACGAAAAAUUUUAGGUUAUAUUCAAGAUCGAAAGGGUCCAAAUAAAAUUAUAUUAUUAGGUUUAUUUCAGCCUUUUAGAGAUGCAUUGAAAUUAUUAUCUAAAGAAUGAUAUUUUUUUAAUUAUUCAAAUUUAUAUAUUUUAAGUCCUAUAUUAAUAUUUUUAAUAUCAUUAAUUAUAUGAAUUUUAUAUCCAUGAAUUAAUUUAAUUUAUUAUUUGAAUUAUAGAAUUUUAUUUAUAUUAUUGAUUUUGGGAUUAAGUGUUUAUCCUGUUUUAUUUGUUGGUUGAAUUUCUAAUUGUAAUUAUGCUAUUAUAGGUUCAAUACGUUUAGUUUCAACGAUAAUUUCAUUUGAGAUUAAUUUAUUUUUUUUAGUUUUUAGAUUAAUAAUUUUAAUUGAAAGAUUUUCUUUUUUAGAAUUUAUUAAUUAUCAGUAUAUGAUUAAAUUUGUUAUUUUAGUUUUUCCUUUAUAUUUAAUAUUUUUUAUAAGAAUAUUGAUUGAAUUAAAUCGUACACCUUUUGAUUUAAUUGAAGGUGAGUCUGAGUUAGUUUCUGGUUUUAAUAUUGAAUAUUAUAGUGGUAUAUUUGUAUUAAUUUUUUUAUCUGAAUAUAUAAAUAUUAUGUUUAUAAGAUUGAUUUUAAAUUUGAUAUUUUUUGGUUUAAAUUAUUGAUCAAUAAUAUUUAUUUUUAUUUAUUUAUAUCAUAUUUGUUUAAUUAUUUGGGUUCGAGGUAUUUUACCUCGAAUUCGUUAUGAUAAAUUAAUAUAUAUUUGUUGAACUGAAAUAUUAAUAAUUGUAAUGAUUUAUUUAAUAUAUUUAUAUUAUAUAAAAGAAAUUAUAAAUUUAAUUUCAUAA